AUGUUUGACUUCCGCAGCUUCGCCGACGCAAAGACGGGCCAGUCUGUGGGCUACUUGGAGCAGCGCGACGCCAAGGCCGCGGUGUCUGCCGCACGCCGCCACGGCCCUCGUGAUGCCGAGAUCGGACUGCUGGGCGCCUCCAUGGGCGGCGCGGUAGCGCUGAUCAUCGGCCACGGCGAGGACGUAGGAGCUGUCGGGGUAGCCACGGAUUGCGCUUUCGCCCGGCUGUCUGAUGUGCUGGAGUCCCGCGUCUCUGCGACGCUUCGGUUUCCACAGCCCCUGGCAGCCUUCACCGUGGACUUGGCAAGCUGCUUGAACCCCCUGCUUCACGGCUACUCUUUCGCGGCGGUCUCGCCCGUGGACGCGGUGCAGCAUGGUGCUCGUGCGGGCGAGGUGCCGCUGCUCCUCAUCCAUGCCGACAACGACGAGGUCGUGACCGUCUCCCAAGCUCACGCCAUCUACUCAGCGGCGCGGGCGCCGAAGGAGCUUGUCGUAGUCCAGCACUGCCAUCACGUCGGCUGCUUCUUCAAGGAUCGAGCUCGAUAUCUGAAGAUCGUGGCCGACUUCUUCGACUCUGCCUUCGCCGCGGCCGAGCGCCGCCGCACCUGCGAAGGCCCCAUAGCCCGAACACGUCCACGGGGCCGCGCCUACGUCGCUGGCUUUGCUUGUGCCUUCGGAGCAGCGUUGUCCCAGCGACUGCAGCGAAGCGACAUCCGCAGGGGUUUCCAAUUCUGGCGCCGCAGCGGCCGCGCCGUCGCCAUGGGGAAGCGCGCGCGGGCAGAGGGGCCGUCGCAGUCGGUGGACGGGCAGACGCUGACGGAGUUGGGACAUCAGACCCUGGCAGUGAUCGAGAAGGUGACGCGGAGCCGCGGUGAGAAGGGCGUGUGGCCGGACGUGAAGCCGGGGGACCUGGCUGCCCAGUUCCAGCAGGAGCCGCCGGAAGGCCCGACGGAUUACGGCCAGAUCUUGCAGAAGCUGGAAACAAAGGUGUUCCCGGGUGCUCUCAGUUGGCAGCAUCCACGCUUCAUGGCGUACUAUCCAUCCAGCUCGUCUGUGCCGGCCAUCCUGAGCGAAACCAUCAUCGCCAGCAUCGGCUCGGUCGGGCUUCAGUGGACCUCCAAUCCCAUCGGCACGGAGCUGGAGGUCGUCAUCAUGGACUGGGUGGCCAAGUUCCUGGGGAUCGGGGAAGCCUUCCACCACACCUCGGGCGUCGGAGGUGGGAUCAUUCAGGGUACGGCUGGCGAGAGCAUGCUGAACAUGAUGAUCUGUGCCCGGACCCGCAUGCAUCGGCGGAAGAAUCCUGGGUUGUCGUGGGAAGACGCCUUCCACCAGGAUGCCUCGUCCUACGUGGUGUACACGUCCGACCAGGCGCAUUUCAGUGCGGAGAAAGCCUGCCGCCUCGCUGGGCUCCGGUGUCGCCGCGUCAAGGCCGUGCUGGACGAGACCGACAAAAACUUCACGCUGCGCCCAAGUGACGUGCAAAGCGCCAUUGCGAAGGAUCGUGCAGCAGGCCUGCAGCCGCUGGCUCUGAUCCUGACCUACGGCUCUACGAAUACGUCAGGAACCGACAACGUGGCGGCCUUCAAACAGCUUGCGGAGGAGGAGCAGCUUUGGGUCCACGUAGACGCCGCCUAUGCAGGGGCGGCCUGGUCACUGGAGGAGUUCCGGAAGGAUGCGCAAGCUGUGAGCGACAUUGUCACCUCCGUGAACAUGAACGGCUCCAAGUGGUUCCUCUGCGGGUUCGACUCGGCCUUCUUGUGGGUGAAAGACCGAAAGCUGCUGCUGGAUGUCUUCUCGGCCUCCGAUGCCUUUAUGGCCGACGUUGAGCACAUGCAACUUGACUGCGCUUGGUUGGGGGUAUAG